AAUGGCGACACGUAACUGCCUAAAGCUGAUGUCCAGCAAUUUCCCGAAUUGACGUGUGCCUUUUCAGGGACAGCAGCACAGAGAGCGAAGGGUCCAGAGUCUCGAGCGCGGAGUUGGUGGCGUUCUUGCUUCUGCGCCAGCCUUGUGCCACACACUCUUUCCGUCUGUUGUGCUUCCUCUUGGUUUGUUCAUCACUGCGUACAUUGAAGCGUGAAUCUUCUAUCCGGGUGCACCUGAACAUACUGUCUCACUGGACCAGUCUGACUUCAUCUUGACCCGUCAAACCCUCCUUCAGCCGCACCCAACAGGUCGCGUGCAACACCUCAAGCCACACCGCAGUCCACAAGCUCUCAGGUGCUGUCUCUGAACAUACACACUUAUCUGCCAAAGUCUACAGUGGUAUCAGGAGUGAGAGAUCGAUAGAUCCUGAGGAGGCAUCGACAAAACGACUGCCACCAUGGACGGCCAGUCGGUCGACCAUGCGCAGUACGCCGACAAUGCGGUUCGCGCAAUUCAGCAGAAGAAGCAAGUGCCGGAGAUAGAUUUCACAUUACACACCAUGGAGGAUGGAGUCACGGUCAGCACGCAAGACCGAGUCUGCAGAGAUGUACAAGCGCCGGCCUUCAACACACCCACAGAAGAUCAGCUUUUAUCGCCUGUAGAUCGAUCGAAACCCAACCUCCACUUCCUGAAGCAGCAUCUCUACCGCGAGGGUCGCCUUACCGAAGAACAAGCGCUGUGGAUUAUCAACGGAGGCGCGCAGGUUCUGCGCGCUGAGCCAAACCUGCUGGAGAUGGACGCGCCCAUCACCGUGUGCGGUGACAUUCAUGGCCAGUACUUCGACCUCAUGAAGCUCUUCGAGGUGGGUGGCGAUCCAGCAGAGACACGCUAUCUCUUCCUUGGCGACUACGUGGACCGUGGCUACUUCUCGAUCGAGUGCGUACUCUAUCUGUGGGCGCUGAAGAUGUGGUACCCGAACACUCUGUGGCUGCUGCGAGGCAACCAUGAGUGCCGUCAUUUGACCGACUAUUUCACCUUCAAGCUGGAGUGUAAGCACAAGUACAGUGAGCGGGUGUACGAGGCCUGCAUAGAGUCAUUCUGCGCAUUGCCGCUUGCAGCUGUCAUGAACAAGCAGUUCUUGUGCAUUCACGGUGGCCUGAGCCCCGAGCUACAUACACUGGAAGACCUGAAGUCGUUGGAUCGUUUCCGAGAGCCGCCUACCCACGGUCUGAUGUGCGACAUUCUAUGGGCAGACCCGCUGGAAGAGUUCGGUCAGGAGAAGACGCAAGAGUACUUCGUGCACAAUCAUGUCCGAGGAUGCUCUUACUUCUUCUCAUAUCCGGCCGCUUGCGCCUUCCUCGAGAAGAACAACCUCCUCUCGAUCAUUCGAGCGCACGAGGCGCAAGAUGCGGGCUAUCGAAUGUACCGCAAGACCCGAACUACAGGCUUCCCAUCCGUCAUGACCAUCUUCUCUGCGCCCAAUUAUUUGGAUGUAUACAACAACAAGGCUGCAGUGCUAAAGUACGAAAACAACGUCAUGAACAUCCGCCAAUUCAACUGUACACCACAUCCUUACUGGCUUCCCAACUUCAUGGACGUGUUCACCUGGUCUCUGCCCUUCGUAGGCGAGAAGAUCACCGAUAUGCUCAUUGCCAUCCUCAACACAUGCAGCAAGGAAGAAUUGGAAGAUGACACGCCAUCCUCGACUGGCCCCGCCUCGCCACCCUUGGCCCAGGCAGCUUUGGAUCCGGACAGCACGGAGUUCAAGCGUCGAGCCAUCAAGAACAAGAUCCUGGCCAUCGGUCGGCUGUCCCGCGUCUUCCAAGUGUUGCGUGAGGAGUCCGAGCGCGUUACGGAACUCAAGACUGCAUCUGGCGGACGCCUUCCGGCUGGCACGCUCAUGCUCGGCGCGGAGGGCAUCAAGCAGGCAAUUAACAGCUUCGAGGACGCGCGGAAGGUUGAUCUGCAGAACGAGCGGUUGCCACCGAGCCAUGAGGAGGUGCGGAAAAGCACUGAGACGGCGCGGGAUGAGGCGUUGAAGCGGGCGAGCAGUGAGGCGGACAAGGACGAGAACUUGGCGAGGGUAGCCAGGAGAAUUAGCCAGUCAGCAGGUUCAGGGCGGAGUCGCAAGCCAUAGAUCGCAGGCGAGACGUUGCGUAAGACGCAAAGCGAGUCAAUGGCACUGACGGGGUAGUGUGUUGAUGAACGACCAUGUCGUAAUGUCUGUGCAUACAAGGUGGCGUUGGGAAGGUGAGACGACGAGCGUUUUACAGGUCUCAAAGCGACAGUCUUUGAAAAGCCGGAUGUACCUCUGCCUACUUCGGGCAUAUCGUCCGCCGUACAUUCAUCCUUUGUCGCGAUCCGUUCGGCGCCACGCUGCAGGUACAGACUC